CCUAACUUCCCCUUUUUCUCCUCUGCCCUUCACAAAAUUGAGAAGAAAUGGCGGCUGCUGCUUCGAGAGGAAAGCGAGCAGUAGUCUGCAUACGUUCAUCCUCCGAAGACGAGGAAGAAGGCGAAGCAUCAGAAUCCGAAUUUGACUCCGAAUCCGAGGAAGAACCCGAGUCUGAAGAGGAAAGCUACGAAGAGGAACUUAUUAGCGAGGAUGGAAGCGGGUCAUCAAAUGAUGAUGCAGAUGAGGACUCGGAGGAUGGCGAUGACGAGUCGAAGGGGAAAUCCACAGUUGAAGAGCGCUGCAACAAAGUAGUUGAUCUUCUACGUGGAGGGAAAAAUCUAAACGUACUGAAAUUGGAAGAGUGCAGAGCCUAUUUGAGAAAACAUGAGCUUCGGAUAACUGGGACCAAAGAAACAUCUAUUACGAGGAUUCUGGAGCACUGGAGGAUAAAAGAUGGAAAUGGUGUAAAGUUGUACCCGGAAUCAACCUUUGUUAUCAACUGUACAGGUGAUGUUUGCAGAGGUGACAUUGUCAAGUUCAAGCAAAGGGUAUAUGAGAAGUUUAACAAAGUUAAAAAGGGUGGAGGUGCAAAGAUUAUAGGAAAGCGAAUAGUUGCUGGAAGGGUUGUGAGUGAAAGCUAUGGUGCCGACAAACAGCAGCACACAUUCAGUAUUGAUGUCUUGUGGAGCAAAGGCGUCAAGGCAUUACCACCGCUAUUUCCUUUGCUUGUGAAGGGACGCAAUUUGUAUAGGCUAAAAACUUUUCGCCAGCCUUGGCCAAAUGAAUCAGAAAGGUCCAGGAUUCUGGCUGAAAAGCACAGUAGGGGAGCAGCAGCAAGACACAUCAGAGCAAUUUCAAAAGCUAAAGCCACAAAUGGAGGUGCCAAGCGCAAGAAAAAUUCAUCUACAACGAAAGCACCCCCGAACAAGAAAUGUAAAAAAGAUACGCAGCUCGUCACUGAGAAGAAGAAACAGAACUUUGUAAAGAAAGCAGGAUCAUAUUCUAGGGACGGCAAAGCAAAGAUGAGGAAGACAGCAAAGAAAAGAAACACGGGUUCAUCUUCUACUCAUUGUAAUACAAAGAUAAGCGAGGUAGCAAAUACAAGGAAUCCAGGAUCAUCUUUUUCACAUCCAGAACAAUAUAGUUAUCUACCGAUUCACACAGAUCACUACUAUCCUCAGAGUAACCCAUAUAACAUUUACAAUCACAAAUCAGCUGAAGCUUUUCAUAGGAAUUACAAUCAAACAUCAAGUCACAAUUUCGGUAUCUCUUCAUCUGCGGCUAGAAUUCCUAAUGUCCAUAUGUUGCAUGGUUAUAAUACGGGAUUUGUUCCAUAUGCACGUGAUCAGAUGUCGACCAGGGUCAGUUAUGUUACUCAUCCUUAUGAUGGGAAUCCUCAAUUUCAGUUAGAUCCAAGGAGACGGGUAGCAUUUGAUGAUAGAGCUGCAGGUCACCAGUUUCAUGAAUGGAGAAGACAUUAGAGUUUCCACUGGAUUAAACUUGAUGCCUUUGCUCAUUAGCAUAAGGAAACGUAACUUGGUUGAUUGGUGAAAAAUCUUGUUAAAACUAUUCCUAACCUUUUUAUAUUUUAAUGUCCGUCAGAGUUAAGUUGAAAGAUAAUUUUUAUGGAGGGAACCGUACAACUUCAUGUAGUGCUUUGAUCCUUCCAGUGCCAAAAAACAAUCGAGAUCAUGCCUACUGUAUUAUAUACAUUCUUAUUUUUCAUUUGAGCUGCUGAAUACUAAGCGAUA